UUUCGUCUUUGAGUUGCAAUCCUGUUUGGAUCAGAUUGUGUUGUGAUUAACGAAUUAAAUAAUCAAACGUGAUGAUUAGCAUUCUAAGAAAUCGAAACUUUGUAUUUGGGAAAUUUGUGAAAAAAGAAAAGGGAGCGGUGCCUCCUUUAUUAGUUGAUACUUCAUUGGGACUUUAACAACCAAACUAGAGUCAUGAAGCAUCAAUUACAAAAUUGCUUGCCAUGGGUCUGUUUUGAGUUGAUUUAGACCCAACUCUAAGUUAAUACUUCAGGAAAUUCCAACGUAGUUUUAUACAUAUACUUGACAUUGCCUGGAGUAAAUAUUGAAGCAAGUCUUUUAGGCAAAAACUAAUAAAUAGAAAAAAGGUGGGUGCAAAGGUGACAGUUUUCUGAAUAUAGUUGGCAUGUUCAAGUUGAUGUUAACAGAUGAGCUAAAUUGCUUUUGGCUAUGGCUAGAUUGUGUUUUGCUUUAUCUGGGCAUGCAGCGACAAAGGCAAGAUCUCUAUAUGUUGAUAGAUACCCGAGAGACUGAGUCCUUGGGGGAGAGAGAAAGGAGGCAUUACUCCCAGAAAACGUGCAACCAACCUUUCCUUCCCGCUUCUUCCUACUUUUGACUUGUCUCCUGUGGUUGACUACUAAAUUUGGUCAAUUUUCAUAAACCAAAUGUUCUUGGAUCUCUGUGAACAUUAAUGCUUGUCAUGCUCAUUAUCUAAUAAUGAACUUGAUUUUAAGACCAGUAACUAUGUACUUUAUUCAUCCAAAGUGCAUGAAUAUGUACAAGCAAAAGUGCCAAAAAGUAUAAACAUCUGUCUCAAAGUCAAGGAAUAAUGAAUUAUGGACCUUACUUGUGGGAUUUACUGGGUAUGUUAUUAUACUGUUUUGGCCUUUCUAAAAGAAAAAAGGAGUUAUGUUGGACAAGAUCUCACUUGAAAGGAGAACUUAAUUUUUUUUAGAGUUUUGUCAGUUACCAUCUGGAUGACUAUUUUGUGUUGUUGGUACAAUGUUCUGUACACUUUUAUUCCAUGAGCUGAUUGUUACGUAAAUGCAGAGCCUACAAUUAAUAAAUGGGUUCCAAAGCAGUUGAAGAUUUGAUACAGGCGUCAUCAGGAGUACAUUAUUCUGGAUUCCAUUUAGAAGAGCCACAUACUUCAGAGAUUGAGCAACCAACAACCUUUAUAGAUGGAAGUGUUAAGCAACCCUUUGUCAUAGGAGUUGCUGGAGGUGCUGCGUCAGGCAAGACUACAGUUUGUGAUUUGAUUAUUGAUCAGCUUCAUGAUCAGCGUGUUGUCCUAGUUAACCAGGAUUCCUUUUAUCACAAUUUGACUCCAGAAGAACUCACAAAAGUUCACGAGUAUAACUUUGACCAUCCUGAUGCAUUUGACACCGAUCAUUUGCUGUGUGUGAUGGAGAAAUUGAAGCAUGGGCAAGCUGUAGAUAUUCCCAAGUAUGAUUCUAAGAGUUACAAAAAUGAUGUAUUCCCUCUUCGAAGGGUCAAUCCUUCGGAUGUUAUAAUUUUGGAAGGCAUACUCAUUUUUCAUGAUCCUCGUGUCCGAGAUCUAAUGAAUAUGAAGAUAUUUGUAGAUAUAGAUGCUGAUGUACGCCUUGCAAGGAGAAUAAGACGAGACACUGUUGAAAAUAAUAGAGAUAUUGCUACAGUACUAGACCAGUAUUCCAAGUUUGUCAAACCGGCUUUUGAUGACUUCAUUCUUCCAACAAAGAAGUAUGCUGACAUUAUCAUUCCCCGCGGUGGAGACAACCAUGUUGCAAUCGAUUUGAUUGUGCAACAUAUUCGGACGAAACUUGGUCAACAUGAUCUUUGUAAAAUAUACCCUAACUUAUAUGCUAUUCAGUCUACUUUCCAGAUACGUGGCAUGCAUACACUUAUCCGUGAUGCGCAGACGACAAAGCAUGAUUUUGUGUUUUAUGCUGAUAGAUUGAUUCGUUUGGUUGUUGAACAUGGACUAGGACAUCUACCAUUUGGAGAAAAACAGGUGAUCACUCCAACUGGAUCUGUAUACAGUGGUGUAGAUUUCUGCAAGAGGCUAUGUGGUGUCUCUGUAAUUAGAAGUGGAGAGAGCAUGGAGAAUGCCUUGCGUGCAUGUUGUAAAGGUAUCAAGAUAGGCAAGAUUCUUAUCCACAGAGAGGGCGACAAUGGUCAGCAGCUGAUCUAUGAAAAACUACCCGAAGACAUCGCACAAAGGCAUGUCCUUUUGUUGGAUCCUAUCCUUGGCACAGGAAAUUCAGCAGUUCAAGCUAUCUCUUUACUGCUUAAAAAGGGAGUCCCAGAGUCCAACAUUUUAUUCCUUAAUCUUAUCUCUGCACCACAAGGAGUUCAUGUGGUCUGUAAACAUUUUCCAAGAAUAAAGAUUGUGACAUCUGAGAUAGAAAAUGGUUUGAACGAAGAAUUUCGUGUUAUUCCUGGAAUGGGGGAGUUUGGUGACAGAUAUUUCGGAACAGACGAUGACUGAACAUUGAUUGGUGGUCGUGUUCCAUCUCAACACAUCUCUCAAUCACAGGAGAGAAGGGAGUCAGUUUGAGCAUGAUGUGUUCAAGCUUUGUACAUUUUGAACUUGUAUUCGACUACAGUUGCCCUGGAAAUGCAGUAUUCAAACAUCUCGUACAUUUGAGUCA